AUGGAGGAAUCUGGUAUCGAUAUGGGCUUCGAUCUGGCAGCGAUUACCACCGAUUUGGAGCAUCGCGAAGCGGACCUCUGCAGUCGUCUAUGCCAUGAGAAGCAAAAUGGAAUAAUCGGUAUCGAUGAAUCGGCCUGCGGCAAUAAACAAGCUAAUGGACACAGAAACAACGACGACGAUUGGGAACAGGCCCUGUCGUUUCUAUCGACACCGCUGCAAGACAUCAUGUGCUAUGAAUUAAAGAGCCGAGCGCCGAACACUGGCAGGUACGUUGCUACGAACUUACGAACACGGCACACAGUUAGCAAAGUUAAACCGUGUUAUACGGGUCAAGGUGCAAUUCGUUUCUUAAUCCGAGCAAUUUCCCGAUGUCAAUUCUCCGUUACUCUCGCAAUUCUUAAAGUUACAUUCUUUACUCGUGUCCGUCAUCUGUGCGCUCGUUAUUUCGCUUCGGCUCGAGUCGGCCGGGCUCGUCGCACGUCGGGUCGAUUCGGCUCGCGUUCGACUCAAUUCGUCAUGUCUAUUUACCGCCGCUCUCGCACUUUCGAUCUCGAUAUCGAUCUUCGAAGAAGAGAGAUCUCUCGAUUCCGGAGCAGUCCAUGUUUCGUAAAAUCAAUUCCUCCGUCCGGAAUUUCAUCUCGUGGUUCAGGUAUCUAUUAAUACUCAUCAGUUGACAGUUUGAAAAAAGUUAAGAGAAAUGCGUUGAUUCACCGCUAG